AUGACGAGUACAGCAGAUCCAGUCAACAAGGACGAAAUGGAUGAUGGUAACUAUGUAACCGAUCAAAUGUCAAAUAAGUCACAUGACUCCAUAAUAUCAGAUAACCCUAAUGACAUUAGUGGGCACGUAUCCAGUGCUAGUUCAAUAGAUUUGCAGCAUAAGGGGAGAGUAGAAGAUGAGAUGUUUUUGUCGAGUGGCGAUAAUAAUAAUAAUAUUUCAGAAACCCCCAAAUCUCCUCGUUUAACAAAUUCAAAAGCAAAAGCAUUUGAUAUUGGGACGCAAUCCACUUCCAAUAAUGAGUUUGGGGUAUAUUCUGACUCUGAUGAUUGGGGAUCGCAAAGCUCUCUAGACUUGCAAAGCGAACGAGAGCAUCCAAGAAGGAAUAUUGGGCAACAAUUACGUAAGUUGGCACGCAAUCAAACCUCAGAAGAAGAAGAAGAAGACGAGGAGGAGGAGGAGGAAGGAAGACGAGGAGGAGAAGAAGAAGAUGGGGAGGAGGAAGAAGAUGGGGAAGAAAUCAAUGUAUCUCAAUCGGCAGCUAGACUGGCAGGAGAAUCGGAAGCUGGAUCCAAUAAAAAGCACAAGGUAUCUAGAAGAAAAAGGACAAAAGACUCGAAGCCAACAUUUUCAACAGACAAGACUCCCAAAGGAAACAAGUCAAAAGAAAAUGCAAAUGCAAAAACAAAUACACAUGCACAUGCACAUCCGCUUGGUCCUCCUUCUUCGCCAAGGAGGAGAAGAAGAAGAAGCGGUAGUAUACCAGAUUCCGAGGAUACACGAAAUAGUGGUAGCGGGCUUACCAAGUCAAGAACUAAAACCAGGAGAAAGUCUCGAGAACCCAGCGAAAAAUCACAUAGAUCAUAUGAAAAGCCUGGGAUAGGAUACACAUCCAUGUCUCCGUCUGGUAAAGUCUUUAGAAACUUGUUAAUCUUGGAAGAAAGCAUGAGAGAACAAGUUAUUCAACAAAGAGCCAUGAGACGAAAGUAUUUGAUAUUUUUGUCAAUCUUGUGCUCUAUUAUUGCCGGUUUGACCCAUCACUUAUUUUUUUUGGACAGUGCAGUAUCGUCAACCGGUACCGUAAGGUUGAUCAUGCAGUUUUUUCUUAUUUCAACUAUUAUUACAUUGUUAUUAUACCAUCUCUCUGGGGAGUAUAAAAAAACAAUUGUGUUACCACGGAAAUUUUUAUCCUCCACAAAUAAGGGUUUGCGACAAUUGAAUGUGAGACUAGUGAAGAUUAAAACCCCAUUUACCGAUAAGGUAACCGACUUGAUACGAGAGGUUUCAUUAACUAUAGUGACUUUUAUUUUAGAAGUUUUCCAUAAGAUCUCACCUGAUUCCAUUCAAAACAAGGACUCAAAGAUUGAAGUAUUCUUGGUAACCUGUCAAUCACAAUGUCAGCCAAGAAUAGGUGUUACCGAUGUCAAAUUAUUACUUAAUGCCAGGGCUUUCAACAUAGAUAUAAGAGAAGGAUGGGAACUUUAUAGAAGUGAGUUUUGGAUAAAUGAAGGUGUAAGAAGAAGAAAUAACAUGACUGCUUUUAUCAACGGUUCAAAGUUGGAAAAGAGUAAACUUGUCAAAAGAAGAAAAAGAAAAUCGAGUUCAAUACCACCACAAUCAAUUCCAUCAAAAUUGAGUGAACAGAACUUGAUGAAGUUGUCCUCUGGAGAUGGUAUAUAA